AAUAUUUAGUUGCAAUUUGGAGCAUCAGGCAAGCGCUUGUUGGACUUACUGAUUGCGGUUUCUUCUAGAAAGUUUUCAUUUUACAAACAAAUUUCGUGGAAAAUGAAGCUCCUACUGAGUUUCGCACUUUUCGCCAUGAUCAGUGCAUGCCUGGCUGCACCAAUCGAAGAAGAAGAUCCGGAACUGAUUGCUGGCUACUUUGAGGGCGACAUUGUUUUGCAACCCUCGCAACGUAAUGGCUUGCGUAACGAGACACGACGCUGGCCCAACAAUAUUGUGUACUACAAGUUCAGUGAAGGAUUUUUCGAUGACGCGCACCGCAAUCAUGUUUUACGUGGCAUGCAAAUUUUGGAAGAAGUCUCGUGCAUACGCUUUAAGGAGGCUGAUGAGAACCAGUCGUAUUAUGUCAACAUCACCGGCUUAGCUGGCGGUUGCUAUUCGAGUGUUGGCUGGUUGAAUGGUGUACAGACUUAUAAUUUACAGAACUAUGCGCUGGAUUCAGGCUGCUUCCGGCUGGGCACGAUUGUACAUGAGUUCCUACACACGCUGGGCUUCUAUCACAUGCAGAGCGCCUCGAAUCGCGACGAUUAUGUUCGUAUUGCUACCGAGAAUAUAACUCCUUCUAGUAUUCACAAUUUUAACAAAUAUGAUGAGGACUUUAUUGAUGAUUUCGAUGAGGAAUACGAUUAUGGCAGUGUUUUGCAUUACUCGGCUUACGCUUUUUCGGCGAAUGGGGAAAUGACUAUAAUUCCAUUGAGAGAGGAGGAAGCAUCCAAUGUCAUGGGUCAACGUCGUGGUUUGAGCAAAAGUGAUAUCAACAAGCUGAAUAUAUUGUAUCGUUGUCCAUUGACUGUGUAAUAUUUUUUAUAAAAUCUAAAAA